GACCAGGCAGCUGAACAAAGCUAUUUUCUUAAAGAGGAGUUCCAUUAUCUGGACGUUACUCAGAUCAGAAAGUUCACGAUAUUCGACAUGUUUCAUUGCGCCCUGGCGUGCCUCCGAAAUAAUUUGUGCCUCUCAUUAAACAUGGCCUCUUCUCGUGGAACAGAAGGAAAGCUUUGGUGCGAAUUACUGUCCUCCGAUAAGAACAGAAACGCUGAGAACUACCACAAAAACACGAGUUCGCAUCAUUUUUCCAUUCUGCGGUCUCCAUGUUCUUCAUCGCCGUGUCAAAACAAAGGAACCUGCAUCCCGAAUUUUAACUCCAACACUUUUGAUUGUCUUUGUAAAGAAAGUUUCUUGGGAGAAUUUUGCGAGAAAGCUGUAAAAUCAUGCAAGGAAAUAUAUGAGGCAAACAAAUCAAACGUGAGUAAACUUGUUUCUCUCUAUCUGGGCUCACAGCCAACCUCUGUUCUCUGUCACAUGGGAGAUUUUGGAUGCGGAGAUGGAGGAUGGACACCAGUCAUGAAGAUUAACGGCAACAAGUCUACCUUUCACUAUCGCUCGAAUUACUGGAGUAAUAAAACUGAAUACAACACCGCUGGAGGGGAGACUGGGUUCGACUCACAGGAAACGAAGUUACCUACUUACUGGAACACAUCCUUCUCCAAGAUCUGUCUCGGUAUGAAGAUCGGUGAACAGAUCAGAUUCAUUGUAAUCAAUAUGAAGGCCAGCUCUCUUUACUCACUGAUCGCUGACGGAAAACACCGACGCACCUCAUUGGGUCGUGAAACGUGGAAGAAGCUCAUUGGCUUAGAGGCCUCCCUGCAAAAUAACUGUAACAGGGAAGGGUUCAACGCUAAGAGUGGCGGGUUGCUUUUCGCCAAAGCAAGAAUCGGCAUCGUUUCCAACAACGAAAAUCAUUGCUUCUAUAGUGACUCAAGGAUUGGGUUUGGUACCGGAGGGGACCAGGAUGACAACAACACGUGUGGAAACGAGGCUUCUUAUGGCCCAGAUAAUGGAGACAAGCAUAUUAAGGCCAUGGGAUAUAUUUUAGUGCAUUAA